AUGCCUCUACCUGCAGGAUCAACCGUUCCUCUCUGGAUCAAUGGAAGGGCUGUUAGCGACGACCAGGCAGCCACAUUUCCGGUCGUCCAGUCAUCCACAUCAACCACAGUCCACCAGGCACAAUCAGCCUCCCCCGCCCAGGCCAUAGCAGCGGUCGAGUCAUCAUGGACAGCCUUCAAGACAUGGAAGAAAGCAUCGCACACCACUCGCCGCGACUUGAUUCUCCGAGUUGCAGCCUACUACGAAGCCAAUGUCCAGGCAUUCGUCGAUCACCAGGUCAACGAGACGUCAUGCACGGAAGCAUGGGCGCGUCAGAAUGUAGAUCUCGCGACUCGCUACCUGAGAGAGAUAGCUGCAUGCAUAUCCAGCGUCACGGGCGUGAUCCCCCAGAUCGAGAAGCCCAACACAAUGGGCUUCGUGUUCAAAGAGCCCGUAGGACCGGUUCUGUGCAUCGCCCCGUGGAACGCGGCCCUCAUCCUCGCGACGAGAGGCAUAGCCAGCGCCAUAGCAGCUGGCUGCACGGUGGUGUUCAAGGCGAGCGAGCUAUCCCCGCGGACGCACUUCGCGAUCACGGAGGCGUUCACUUCGUCUGGUGUCCCGGAGGGAGUGCUAAAUCAGAUUCAAGUGCGGAGGGAGGAUGCAGCGAAGGUGACUGAGGAGGUGAUCGCCCACGAGGCCAUACGCAAGGUAGAGUUCAUUGGUUCGGCAGCGGUGGGCCGGAUCGUCGCGCAGGUCUGCGCCAAGUACCUGAAGCCGAUUCUGAUGGAGCUGGGAGGGAAGUGUCCUGCGAUUGUGCUGGAUGAUGCAGAUCUUGACGAGGCGGCGAAGCUGUGUGCUUUGGGUGCUGUGCUGCAUCAUGGACAGAUCUGCUUCUCGACGGAACGGAUCAUCGUGCACGAGGCUGUCGCUGAUCGGUUCAAAGAACUGCUCAUAACAGCGAUCAAGGGACUGGACGGUCCGGCUGGAUCUGCCGUCACAAAGGAAAUAGCACAGCACGCUGAAGAUGUCUUGAACAAUUCAAAGGCGAACGGGGACGAGAUCCUCGUGGGAGGAGCUGGCUACCACAAGCCCAUGUCUCUGAAGCCCACCAUCGUCGUGAACCCCAGUAAGGAAUCACGUAUCGUGGACGAGGAAACAUUUGGCCCUUCAGCCUCGUUGUACGUGGUACAAGACGAUGCAGCUGCGAUCGCACUGGCGAAUAGGUCAGCCUACGGCCUGAACGCGACGAUCUGGAGCAGGAACAUGGAGCGAGCGUUGAACAUGUCGCGUGAACUAGAGUAUGGCCAGGUGCACAUCAACAGCAUCAGCGUGUACACGAGUCCGACGGCGAGUCAAGGCGGGGUCAAAGGAAGUGGGUUCGGACGGCAGAAUGCCAGAUGGGGGUUAGAAGAGUUUGUGGUGGACAAGUUCGUCAGCUGGCAUGGAAGAUAG